AUGGAUAUAGAAAGGAUUUCCAAGAUCGAGACCAGCAGCAUCUCCAACAGCGAACCUUCGACUCUAUCCGCCAUGUUGAGAUUGACGACACCAAGCAAGCAGGAAGAGGGCGACAUCGGCGCCUUUCUCACGCCGCCUGUCAAGGGAGAAAACACUGCAGACAAGGGUCAAGACCGGACAGCCACCGACACCCCACCAUUCACUUCCGGUCAUGACAAAUCCAACACUGAGGUAUGCCGGAAGCCACUGGGCCGAUUCCUGUCGUUCGAUGUUAAGAGAAGCCUGUUCUCAUGCAAGCGUCUAGCCGAUGAACUCGAGGACACUCCGGCCACCAAGCGUCUGAGAGAGACAGGGGUCGCCCUUAGCAACAUCACUCUAAAUGUAUGUCCUGUUACCACUAGCGACCACGGAGAUGAGAUCAAGUCUGUGGUAAACACGUUGUCCACGGACCCGGAAGUGGUUGCAGACGGUUCCCGGCCCUACACACUCCCCACCGUCCCUGGCAAACACAAGGACCUCAAGGCCAUCUCACCCGAUACCAUGGACGCGGUGUUGCGUGGUUGCUAUGACGACGAGAUCGGGCGACUGACAGUGAUAGAUUGCCGUUACCCUUACGAGUUCGAGGGCGGCCACAUCUGGGGCGCCGUGAAUCUCUUCACACGAGACAUGGUGCGAGACUUCCUCCUUUCGCACAUUGACGAUGACGUUACAUCCGGUCGACACGUGCUCGUCUUCCACUGCGAGUUCUCGUCCGAGCGGGGACCGAAGAUGUACCGUCACUUACGGAGCGAGGACCGUGGCCUCCACACGGACAUCUACCCGCGCCUUGCCUUCCCGGAAGUAUACUUGCUAGAGGGCGGAUACAAGGCUUUCUACCACAAACACAUUGUCCAGUGCGACCCUCAACAAUACAUGCCGAUGUUGCAUAAAGACCACGUGACUGACCUUCGUCACUUCCGUGCCAAGUCAAAGUCCUGGACAGCGGGUGAACGCGCAAAUCGACUUCGCACCAGCCUGCGCUUCUAGAACGCCAUUGUGCUGAUGUCAUUUUUGUGACGUCACCCUGAUAUACGCAUGCGCAAGAGCCGAUGUAACAGAAGCAUCUGAGUGGUAUAUGUGACUAAAAUUAUUGCUGGGCAGUGCUUAGACUUUA